UGGCGGGUCGAGUUACUACAGCGCAAGGGUUGUUUAAAGAGAAAGUGAAAGUUUCCAGUGAUUGCUCAAGCGCGAUGAAGCUAGAAUGACCAAGGUUUAGGAAUCAAAGAGAAGGGAAACCAUGGCCAUGCCUGUACGUUUUGGCAGUGGACACAUCACCUUUACAGGCCUUUAAAAACAGCUUUCAUCAGCAGUUGUUAGCCCGCUGCACGGAUUUGGCUUUUUGUUCAAUCAGGGACAUAUCAUCCAAAAUGCUCUUGGUGAGGCCGUUAGUGCUGUUUCUUCUCCAUUCAUAUGUGGUUGGAAUGCAGCCCACCCAAAUUUCACAGCAGGCAUCAAGCCCUCCUCAUCCUCCCGGAGAGCAAACGCCUUUAGAGAAAGACAAUCUGUCCUUCCCUUGGAGCCGCCUUCGUCUGCCAAGGUAUAUAAUUCCUCUUCACUACCACAUCUUAGUGCACCCCAACCUCACUAGUCUCCAUUUCACCGGCUCAGUCACCAUCCAAAUUGACGUCCAGAACAACACAAAUUGGGUUGUGUUACAUAGCAAGGGUCUGCAAAUCUCCAAGGCAACCAUUCUGGACAAGAACCUUGCUCAUCUCUCAGACCAGGUUCUACCUUGUCUUCAUUAUCCCGCCCACGAGCAGAUUGCCAUCUUCUCUCCCAGGGUGCUCAGCAAUGGGCAAAAGUAUUUCUUAUAUAUUGAGUUUGGGGCAGAGUUGGCAGAGGGCUUCCAGGGCUUCUAUAAAAGCACCUACACAACCAGUUCAGGAGAGAUCAGAACGUUAGCUUCCACUCACUUUGAGCCUACGAGCGCUCGCACGGCAUUCCCUUGUUUUGACGAGCCGAGCUUUAAAGCCAACUUCUCAGUACGGAUCAGACGGAGCUCGGACUACAUUUCUUUGUCCAACAUGCCGAUAGUUAAAUCAGUUGAAGUAGAUGAUGGCCUGCUGGAGGAUCAGUAUGCUGCAAGUGUGAAGAUGAGCACCUACCUUGUAGCUUUUGUCGUUUGUGAUUUUAAAUCUGUUACGGCAACAACAUCAUCUGGAGUGCAGGUGUCCAUUUAUGCUGAUCCGGCGAAAUGGUCUCAGACCCACUAUGGCCUUGAAGUCGCCGUCAAAAUGCUCGACUUCUACGAGGAGUAUUUCAACAUUCAUUAUCCCCUACCCAAAUGCGAUCUGAUUGCCAUCCCUGACUUUGAGAUGGGUGCCAUGGAAAACUGGGGCCUGACCACUUACAGAGAGCAGAGCCUGCUCUUUGACCCUCACACAUCCUCUGUGUCUGAUCAAGUCAGGGUUACCAUGGUGAUCGGGCAUGAGCUUGCUCAUCAGUGGUUUGGUAAUUUGGUAACGAUGAAGUGGUGGAAUGAUACCUGGCUGAAUGAAGGGUUUGCCAGAUACAUGGAGUCCAUUUCAGUUGAGGCUACCUAUCCUGAAUUAAAAGCGGAGGAGUAUCUGUUGAGCACUUGUUUUGCAGCAGUUGGUCACGAUUCAUUGAAUUCUUCUCGGCCAAUAUCCAGUCCGGCAGAGAAUCCAACUCACAUUCGUGAGAUGUUCGACACCAUCUCAUAUGAAAAAGGGGCGUGUAUCCUGCACAUGCUGCGCCAUUUUCUGUCCGAAGAUGUGUUCCAGAGUGGGUUAGUUCGAUACCUGCGCAAAUAUAGCUACCAAAAUGCGCAAAACCAAGAUCUGUGGGACAGUUUGGCCAAUACUUGCUCAGAGGACGAUUUCAUCUCAGGGGAGUAUUGUUACAGCAAAGAACAGGCUCAUAAAAAUUCAUACUUGUUGGCCGGGGAACACUUGAACUUGACGGCCGUGAUGAACACUUGGACCCUGCAGAAAGGUGUUCCUCUGGUAAUUGUGAAAAGGGCAGGGCCACGGCUGAUGCUCAGACAGGUCAGGUUCCUGAGGACACAGCUGCCCUCUGACCCCCUCUGGUCCACAUUGCAACAAGGUUACUUAUGGAAUAUCCCUCUCACAUACAAGACCGAUAGUUCCGGCACCAUCCACAGACAUUUGAUGACAACUCAUACAGACAGCGUCGACGUUGGAGAUGUCAACUGGGUGAAGGUCAAUGUGGACAUGACUGGCUACUACGUGGUUCAUUAUGAGGAUGGUGGAUGGGAAGAGAUAACAAAGCUCCUGAGAGAGAACCACACGGCCCUGAGCUACAAAGACAGGACCCACUUGAUACACAAUGCGUUUCAACUGGUCACGGCAGGUUACCUUCCGCCCAACAAAGCAUUGGAUUUGAUUGGUUAUCUGCAUCUGGAGAAACAUACCGUACCUCUGCUCCAAGGAUUGGGUUACCUUGAAGCCGUUUUCCAUAUGAUUGAGAAACGGAGAGAUGAGGCUCUGGUGCAAAAUUUCAGGAUGUACAUCCUUCAGUUUUUCCGUGGCAUCAUUGACCAACAGACAUGGAAUGAUGAGGGCUCCGUGUCGACUCGACGACUGAGGUCAGAGGUCCUCUCCUUAGCAUGCCAUCUGAAUGACACUCCCUGCCUGAAUGAGGCACGCCGGCGUUUCAAAGACUGGCUUCAGUCAAACGGAACUCUCAAACUUCCCACUGAUGUGGCCCCCACUGUGUACGCAGUUGGUGCCCAGGAUGAUCAUGGAUGGGCCUCACUCAUGCACAUGUACAAGACAUCAAGCUCGGCGGCACAGAAAGACAAAAUUAUGUUUGCCUUAACCAACAGCCGAGACAAAAAUAAAUUACACAGCCUGUUGGACAUGGGUCUGGAAGGUCAGGUGAUACGACCGCAGGACCUGCCCACGCUCAUCUUAAGUGUGGCGCAAAACCCUCGGGGACAUCACAUUGCGUGGAACUUUGUCAAGAAAAACUGGAAAACGCUGGUUCAGAAAUUUGAGUUGGGCUCAUCAACUAUUAAUUACAUCCUCAUAGGAACCACAGGGCAGUUUUCAUACCCGGAGGAAUACACUGAGGUGAAAUUGUUCUUUGAGUCCAUCAGAGAAGAUGCAUCUCAGGUCAAAAGUCCUCAACUUGCACUGGACAAUUUGCAGAAAAAUGUUCUCUGGAUGCAGCGAAACUUAGAGACGUUAAAAAACUGUCUGAAUGAAAAAAAAAUACUCGUGACAAAAGAUUGACUUUUCACAGUUGAUGUUUAAUUACAUUUCUUCAUUUGAGAAUGAUAAUUCGUGGUGUGUGUAAAACCAUUUUUUUCAUAAUGAAAUUAGUCCGUCGGGUUAUUUGUGAGAGUGUGUUCGUGGGUGUGUAUGUAGUGUGUGAGUUGCUUAAUGCAGAAGAGAUAAACAUUACAAAAUUAUAUAGCUCAAAUAAUUCAUUCAUCAGAGGACAAUAAAAGGAUUGACUACUUUC